AUGGAUGUCCCUCAAGACGACCCUGCACAUGGACCACCGAAACGUGAGGCACCACGUACUAGAGUAACAAAUCCAGUUCGCAUGUCAGAAAACAAUGAGAUUCAUGAUCUUGGAGACACGAUAUACCUCACAACAGUUCGGCGACCGAUUAGCUCCGAGGAUGGCGAAAACCCGCUUAGCUCUACUAAACCCGAAGACGUUUCCGUGCUGGCCGCAGGUGCUCCUAAUGAUCCAAUUAUCCCCAUCGCAUCUUCCAGUGAAAUUAAGCUAGGCAAGUUAAUUCGUUCGUCACUGCGGAAAUCUGCUGGCAGAGAUGGCGGAAAGGACUUCCUGCCGAUUGGCUCCCUUCAUCGAAUCCUUACGAGAAGUCGCAUUCGUCAGGAAGUCGCGAAGGAAUUUUCAGGUAGUCAGGAUGAAUUAGAGAACUUGGUAGGAGAGAUCUGGGACAUCUACUCAACGUCGUCAUCGCCGUUCGUUCAAAGUCGCAAAACGACUAGAUUAAGAAUUUUCGCCAUUCUUUCGCUUAUCGGCAAAACGAAUGAAAUAAAAGCCUUCGUGGAAGCGGGUCUUUAUGAUAGUCACUUACCGUUUGUUUUAUUCAACAGCUCUGAUGGGUGUCCGCAGCUGGCGCUGCCCAAUGAGACCGACCAAAACCCAACGAACCUAAUCGAAUUGUUCGCUACCUGGCCGGAAUGGGCAAUAGAAUCCUUUGCUGAAAAACAAGUUCAGCUUCUCUCUCCAUACUUUCAGCUGAGCACAAGCAAACAUUCCGAAGUUCUUCACUACGACUUUGGCGCUAAAAUUAUUUUGCCUUACAUUGAAAAAGACCCAACAAGACGACGUGGUGGGUUUGGCGAGGUUUUCAGAGUUAAAAUUCAUCCAGAAUGUCAUAACUGCUGCGAAGACACUGCGGCUCCCGAAAAGAAUCCCUCAUACGCUGUCAAAAGAUUUCUACGGGAUGACCCACAAGCUUUUGAAGCUGAAGUAUCUAGUUUGAAACGUUUGAACAAAAAAGACAAUCCCAAUAUCAUCACAUUAUUGGGAACCUUUGCAUACCGAGAGCAAUACUACCUCAUUUUUCCUUGGGCAGAUGGGAAUCUCCGAGACUUUUGGAUACAGUACCCGACCCCCAGCAACACUGUGCCAGCCAAAUUAGAUUAUGACUGGGUCUUGUGGUUCUCUGAACAAUGCCUCGGCAUAGCACAAGGCUUGGAAGCAAUACACUCAGCAGUUGUACAGCUGGAGUCCAGUUCAGAAAAAGGCUCUAGUGACCAACUCCAUGGAAGACAUGGGGACCUCAAGCCUGAAAAUAUCCUUUGGUUCGAAAAUCCCAAUGAAGUCGAAGGUACACCUUCAAGCAGUGUUUUGAAGAUCUCCGACUUUGGCUUGACGGACUUCCACAGAAACAGAUCAAAAUCCGGUAUCAAUGCCCAGACUGUUGGAAAUUCUCCUACCUAUCGUGCUCCCGAAUAUGAUGUCAUGAAGGCUGUUUCACAAAAUUACGACAUAUGGACAUUGGGAUGUGUCCUUUUGGAGUUUGUUACUUGGUUUCUAUCAGGCUGGCCUGAAGUAGACGAGUUUUCUGAAAUUCGCACGAACGAGGAUAAUAAUCAAGUGAAAGAAGACACUUUCUUCGUUUUAGUUUAUCUAAAAGAAAGGAACGGACAAAUAGGAGCUAGAUUGAAAGAAUCCGUUGUUAACCAAUGUAAUAAAUUGUACGACAGAGAAAAUUGUUCGGACUAUAUGGUAGAGUUCCUGAAUUUCAUUAAAGACCACCUGCUCCGGAUGAACCCCCGGAACAGACUCGCUUGCAAUAAAAUCGUCAUGAAACUUUCCAGACUCCAUGAGCGAUGUGUCAAGGAUGCAAAGUUUUCAUGUCUUCGAAGGGAAGCUAUACCAGUUCGGCAUGGCACUAAUUUGUCUACACUUGAGGCUGCACCGAUCGAUGUAUCUCCGGAGCAGAUGAGACGUCAAAAUAAGAUGAGAAGCAGCCCGCCCGUGCAUGAUGGCCCUGUCGAGCCCAGUCUGCCUUCCAAAGAUAAAGAGUUCACGAGGCAUAGCUUGAUGAUUGAUGAUCCUGAGGAAGCAACACAAGAGUCGCCUAUUUAUAUGAUUCAGAGAUCAGACGGUUUACGAAAGUUACCAGAGGAGAUAAGGACAAAUAACGACCUCGAACAAAUUCUCCCAGUCGCAGUGGCGUACGAUCAGAACUUGACAGCCACACCUACAUCGACCACGUUUGGGUCUGAGGCCCAUUCUCGGCCGCAGUCUCCAAAUAAGACAUACGGCUCAAGACCACAGUCACCGGCUACCAGAAAAGUCCAUUUUGAUGCCAAGAAGGGGAGGACGUCUAUCGCUGAAGAUGGUGAAGACGAUGAAGAUGAUGUCAACAAAGAAGAGAAUUAUCCAUCGGAGAAUGUUGGAGACCCAACCCCUUCGAUAGACCAGUCAGUGAAAGUUGAGCAAACUUUACUUCGGGAUCGGCACGGUAUUAGUUCUCUUCUAAACAAAGAACUAUCCACAACCAUAAACAAUCUCCCUGGUACCUCAAAUCUCGCACCUUACCAUGUUGUAGAACUAGAAGCUCAAGAAAGCCAUAUAAAUUCGGAAUUAGAAGAUGUAAGAACAAAAGAUCUCCUGCCAGCGGAACAUCAGGACACCCUCGCAAUAAUACCAGGCUCAAUUCGUUCAACAUUGAAUGAAAGCGAUGACAAGCGACAAUCUCGAAAUAUCGAGAGCACUAACGACCAAGAAACAUCUACUGUCGUACAACAACAUGUUCAACCGUCGUAUUCUCAGACAGGCGGACAACCAUUUCACCGUGGGAAUUCGAAUGGAAAACCAUCAGACAAGAGAAUGGAAAUCCAAGAAAGAGAACCACUGGAAGUUGAAGAAGCUACUGCCGAUAAUACUGGAUCAAAAUUGAAAUUCAUCAAAAACCUGUUGUGCAGGAAACUUUGUUGCUUCAAUCGAAACGGAUGA